AUGGCGGAACCCUCCGCCUCCUGCUCCUCCAGGGCCCUCGCCACCGCCCUGUGCCUCCUCCUCCACCUGUCCCUGUGGGCCGCGGCGGCCAUGGACCCUGCCGAGCGGGAGGCGUUGCUCCGCGUCAUGGAGGCCGUCUCGUCGGACCGCGACUGGCGCGAGGCCGCCGGCGCCGACCCCUGCAGCUCGCCGUGGCCGGGACUCGAGUGCAAGCCGGCGCCCGGCGGCGGGGCCGCGGCGCGGAUGCACGUCGCGCGGCUCGACUUCGGGGUGCCGCCCAACCCGACGUGCAAGGACACGGCCACGUUCCCGCUCGGCGCGUUCGCGCUGCCGGAGCUCCGGGCGCUGUUCCUCGUCGACUGCUUCAAGAACCCGGACGCCAUCACCGCCUUCACCCUGCCGCCGCCGGCCAACCUCUCGGCGUCCCGCCUGCAGCAGCUCAGCGUCCGCUCCAACCCGUCGCUGUCCGGCACGCUGCCGCCGCAGCUGGCCAGCAUCAGGUCGCUCCAGGUGCUCACCGUGUCGCAGAACGCGCUCAUCCGCGGUGAGGUCCCGCAAGGCCUCGGCGAGCUCAAGAACCUGGUGCACCUCGACCUCAGCUACAACUCGCUCACCGGCCCAAUCCCGAGCCGGCUCGGCGAGCUGCGAGGCCUGGUCGGCCUCGACCUCAGCUACAACUCCUUCUCCGGGCCCAUCCCCACCCGGCUCGGCGAGCUCACCCAGCUGCAGAAGCUGGACCUGAGCUCGAACAACCUCACCGGCGGCGUCCCUGUCACCGUCACCCGCCUGAAAGCGCUUACCUUCCUGGCCUUAAGCAACAACGGGCUGCGCGGCCGCCUCCCCGCCGGCCUCUCAGACCUCCGCGACCUGCAGUACCUGAUCAUGGAGAACAACCCGAUGGGCGUCCCGCUGCCGCCCGAGCUCGGCAGCAUCGCGCGGCUCCAGGAGCUCCGGCUGGCCAACUCCGGCCUCUCGGGCUCGAUACCGGAGACCUUCGGGCUCCUGUCCAGCCUGACGACGCUGUCGCUGGAGAACAACAACCUGACCGGGCAGAUCCCGGCGGGGCUGAGCCGGUUGAAGCGGAUGUACCACCUGAACCUGAGCAAGAACGGGCUGGAUGGCGUGGUGCCGUUCGACGGCGCGUUCCUGCGGCAGCUCGGGCGGAACCUCGACCUGAGCGGCAACCCGGGGCUGUGCGUCGCGGACCGGGCCGUCGUGCCGGACGUGGGCGUCGGCGUCUGCGCCGGCGACGCCGCCCGCGAGAGCUCCGCCGCCGCGGGGAGCUCGGCCGGGGGAGCGAUCGGGGGAGAGGUGACGAGGGGUCGCUGGCCCGCGGCGCUGCUCAAGCCCGCCGCCGUAGCGCUGUGCUGCUGCCUCCUGCUUUGA